AUGAUCAAAGGGAGUGACAAUUCGCCGGCUAGACGCUCAAGUUCCACAAAGGAGAACUUGCUAGCAACACUGUACAGAUAUCAGACAAUAUUCUUGGUGGACGAUAGCGCUUCGAUGAGCUUGAACGGCUUGUGGAAGGAGGCUCGAGAUGCUUUGUGCGCAGUGGCUGCCACCGCCGUCCAACGAACUCCAGAUGGUAUUGAUAUCUACUUCUUAAAUACCAAUACUCAUCUUAGGAAUGCAAGGAAUCCAGUAGAGGUAAAUCAGUUGUUCAGUGAGGUUCGACCGAACGGCGCCUGUACUCCGAUUGAAGCCCGUAUAGAAGCACUAGUCAGUUACCACUUAGAUCAGUUGGAAUCCUUAAGAGCCCAAGGCCUACCUCCGAUAAAGCCAUUGAACCUGGUGGUCAUCACUGACGGAGUAACGGAUGAUCCCGAAACUCUGAUUCUCACAAUUCUGAGCAUUGUGAAUCGGUUAGAGGAGGGCAAUUUUCCGCUGAAUGAGGUCGGCAUUCAGUUUAUGCAGAUAGGGUCUAGCACGGAGGCAACCAAACUCUUGAGAACCUUGGAUGAUGACUUGAAGAGAAUAUAUGGGGUUAAACGAGAUAUUGUGGAUACUACGCCGUAUAAAGGCAAACUGACUGGAGAGUUUGUGAUGAAGUGCUUGUUGGGGGGCAUAAAUAAAAGAAUUGACAAAAGAACUAAUUAG